UGUUGUUUGGUGGAGAGCAGCUAUCCUUUUCGUACUAGAGCAGAAGGCUCAAGGGGACACAAGGAAGAAGGUAAGGCUGAGGAAGUAGAUAAAAAUUAGGUCAUGAAGAGCCUUGUAUGUUAUGCUCAGUUGUUUGGAUUCGGCUUCAUGAUGAUAAUGUUUCAUUGCAGCACAUUUUACAGACUAAAUGAACAUCUCUGGGUCAGGAUCCUACACCGAGUCAGUGAGUGAAUUUAUCCUUCUGGGUUUUCCCUGCAGCUGGGAGACUCAGAUUGUCUUAUUCAUGAUCUUCUCCAUCACCUACCUCCUGACUCUCAUGGGAAACGGAGCCAUUAUCUGUGCUGUGUGUUGGGAUCAGCAUCUCCACACCCCCAUGUACAUCCUGCUAGGCAAUUUUGCAUUCCUGGAGAUCUGGUAUGUCAACUCCACAGUCCCAAACACAUUGGUCAACUUCCUCUCUGAAACCAAGGCCAUAUCUUUUACUGGUUGCUUCCUCCAGUUGUAUUUUUUCUUUUCCAUGGGCUCCACUGAGUGCUUCUUUCUUUCUGCAAUGGCUUUUGAUCGAUAUAUCGCCAUCUGUCGUCCUCUCCAUUAUGCCACAAUUAUGACUGGACCACAUUGUUUCAACCUUGUGAUUUCCUGUUGGGUAUGUGGCUUUCUCUGGUACCUGGUGCCUGUUAUUCUCAUUUCCCAGCUGCCUUUCUGUGGCUCUAAUAUAAUUGACCACUUUGUAUGUGACUCAGGCCCAUUGCUGACUCUCUCAUGUGCUCCUGCCCCCAUGUCCAAGUUUGCCAGCUACACCCUAAGCUCCCUCAUUAUCCUCCUUAGCUUCCUUUUCGUCCUCAUCUCCUAUGCCCUGGUUCUACUUGCUGUGUUUCAGUUACCAUCGGCAUCCAGUCGGCAUAAGGCCUUUUUGACCUGUGGGUCCCACAUGACUGUGGUUAUGCUAUUCUAUAGCACCAUCAUGGUGAUGCAUGUGAGCCCUGGGUCCAGUCACUUCACCUUGUUGCCAAAGAUUAUGACCUUGUUCUAUGGAAUGGUAACUCCACUCUUCAACCCCCUGAUUUACAGUCUUAGGAAUAAGGAGAUGAAAAAUGCUCUGUGGAAAAUUCUGGAGAUGUUUACAAAGUCUUUAAAACUCUUUGGCAACAGGCCCAGGAGGAGUAUGGAAUAA